AUGUCUCUGCGCACUCUCUAUCUUCUCUGGUUGCCCAUCGCCUUGUUGGGCCUAGUCCUCCCCUCGAGAGGACAGAGCAAUGCUGCUCACAUAUUGGCUCGCAACGCUCUUGCCGACCAAAUCGCUUCUCUUGCAGCCGAAUAUGGCGCGAAUGUUGACACCAGCCUGAGCGGCUACGAUCAUGAUCUCGUCACCGAAGCAUUGAAAGAAGGACAGCAAAAGCGCUCUGCCCUCCGUGCCCGCGAGAUAAUCGCUCAAGAAGCCACUGUUGUCAAGGCGCAAUUAGGCGACAAUGUAGACACUUCGCUAGACGGAUACGACCUCGGCGAUACGGAAGACGAAGAUACCAUUUCGAAACGUUCCGCCAUUCUGGCUCGCGAUGAUAUCGCCCAAGCUGCAUCGGCUGUCACGUCUCAGUAUGGAAGCAAAGUAGACACAUCUCUCGAAGGCUACGAUCUUGGAGACCUGGAAGAUGACAACGCCAGCCAAGACACUGUCACCAAACGCUCUAUCAUCAUAGCUCGCGAGGAAAUUGACCAACAAGCGCCAGCUGUCAAAGCAGCAUAUGGCGAUAAAGUGGAUACGUCCUUGGACGGCUACGACUUGACCGAUCUCGGCGAAGAAAAACGCUCCAUCAUUUUGGCACGCGAGGAACUUGCGCAAGAGGCCUCUGUUGUCGAGUCCCAGCUCGGCAGCAGCAAAGUCGACACCUCUUUAGAGGGUUACGACCUCGCUGCUCUGGACGACGACGACGAUAACACACUCAGCGCCCGUGACUUAUUUGACGUUGACGAGUCGCUGACAGGUGACAUGCCAAUAUCAAGUCAUCUCAAGAACUACGGCCCUGGCCAUGAAACCGACGAUGACGCCAGCCUUCCACGCUACGACGACGACUCCACCAUAACGCGUCGUGACGACAAUGACCCCGAAGAAGAAGAAGAAGAAGACGACGACGAGGAUGAUGAUGACGAUGACGUCCCAUCCUGGGCCAACGAAGCACGAAAACGCGACUUUCCCGAAGAAGCCGAGGACGACGACGACGACGACGAAAACGAGAGUGUAGAAGCAGACUACGUAACAGAUGAUGAUACAUCUAACGACCGCUACCACGACGACACCCCCGAAGUCAUGAACGGAGGAGAUGCAUCAGCAGCACAAGCCACCACUGCGACUUCCACUGCAAACAACAAACAGGUCCGUAGUGCAUCGUCAUCGUCAUCAUCGUCAUCGGAAGGAGAGGAGGAAGAAGAGGAGGAAAAAGGCGCUACUGGAUUCAUCAAGAUUGUGAAGCGUUACUUGAAUCACUGA